AUGACAACAUCUCGCGGGACGACCCUGCCUGCAGUCUUCCUUCUACUUUCUUUUUACAUCCAAUGCGCCCUAUGCGUAACGGUGUACUAUCAGCCAGCUCAGUCCAUACUGAUGGCGGAGGCCUCUCAGGCCUCUGUGGUCGCGGCAGGUGCAAAGUACACAGGCCUCCCGGCUUAUAACCCUGUUGUUCUCGAGGCUCCUCCGCCGCCCGGUCCUAGUGCUGUACCGACAGCGUUCACAAUUCCACUCACAAAUGCGCCGCCACCAUUGGCCUCCAAGCCUUUGAAUGGCUCGUUCUUUGGGUUUUCAGUUGAGAUGUCCUUCCUACAGGUUCCCUUCUUAAACUUGAUGGCCAACCUCCAAUCCCGUACUGGACGCGUUAACAUCCGUGUCGGCGGAAAUACUCAGGAAACAGCGACCCUUGUCAAUAGUACUCCUGAUGGACUAAUUAUUGAGAAAGACUAUGAGGGUGCCACGAAUCCUACGCUGACACCGCCACUCGUCUUCACGCCGGAGUUGUUGUACAUGCUGCGAAACAUCUCCUCACACGUAAACGUUAGAUGGCACCUCGGAGUACCUUUCAACGACACGUCUAAUUUCCGACUUCAAAUUGUGGAACAAGGCCAGGAAAUUCUUGGAGAUUAUCUUAUUGGCCUGCAAGUGGGGAAUGAGCCGGAUCUUUACCCUGUCCAUGGACACAGACCUCCAAAUUAUGCUCCUCAAGACUACUUCAACGAUUUCGGACUCAUGGUUAAUGCAUUGCAGCAAGACACCCUCGUGUCAGAUACCACAAGAAGUUUGUUGAUAGGGCCCAGUGUUCAAGUUCUGUGGACUCCAGAACAAGUUUGGGAUACCGGGUUUAUACCAAAAUACAACAACAGCCUAGCAUUCCUCUCUGUUGAGCGCGACAAUUGCGCCGUCGCAUUCCCUGGGAGUAAUGGCACUUUUCACGAUCCUCAGCAAACAUUCCCAUCCUACCUUACGCAUGACAAUGCCGUUGGAAUCGUCCAAAAUUAUCUUCCCUCCACAGCGCUUGCACAACAGAGCGGAAAGGAAUUUUUGAUGUUCGAAACCAAUACAGCCUCUUGCGGCGGAUUCCCCGGCAUCAGCGAUUCAUUUGGCGCCGCUCUUUGGGGAGUGGAUUACGCGCUACAAAUGGCCGCGGUUAAUUUCUCAGGGGCCUUGUUCCAUGUUGGAGGGCAGAGCGUCAGCUAUAAUCCAUUUACUCCUCCGCCCACCAAUGAAAGCACUUUCCACCAAUGGACGGUUGGCCCGAUUUACUACUCUUCUUUGGUUGUGGCAGAGGCUCUGGGCCCCACGAAUACUUCUCAAGUCAUGUUCCUUGAAGCCAACAACAACAACAGUUUCACCCCUUCAUACGGAAUCUGGGAAAAUGGGCGUUUGGCCAGAGUCGCAAUUAUUAACUUUAUUUCAGAUAACACGACGGCGAGUGACCUAUCGGUAUCCUUGAACCUAGACGGUCCCGGGAUGCCGAAUUCUGUUCAGGUCAAAUAUCUAUCAGCACCAUCAGUAUCGCACAAAGGCAACAUGACAUGGGCAAAUCAGACGUUUGGAAAUAACUUCGAGUCCGAUGGUCGUCCGAUGGGGACAGAAGUCAUCGAAACAGUUAAUUGCUCGCCGGUUGCAGGUGCCAAUACCAACACAUGCGUUAUCAAGGUCCCUGCUCCUGCAGCGGCACUUGUGUUCCUGUCUCCCCAAACUGACAAUGCAGCGACACCAAGUACAACCUUCGCCACAACAGCUUAUACGUUAACGCGCAACACAGUAGGGGUUGCCUCAGAUGUCCUGGCGACUUCAAAUGGAAGAGGGGGGCCUGGAAGCGCUAACAACUUGGGAAGCACAAGUGCUAAUGCCAAUAAGAAUGCAGCGGAUAGACUGAGGCUGGGCGUUGCGGCCAUGAGCACAGUGACAAUGGGAGCAUUGGUUGGGGCGUGGUGGGUCAUAUUUUAG